CCUUCCCUUGCCCGUGCGGGGUGUCACAUGAUAUCACCUUAUUUGCUUACUAAGUAAGAUGAAACUUUGCUUGCUUUUUCUUGGUGACUUUUUGGAAUCUUGGAACUUGGGCAGCAGCAGUAGCAUCAUCAUCGUUCAUCUGGAGUGCAUCUAACAGCCCAUAUCGACUCAUUCUUGUUACCCCAUGCCCAUUAAUUAGCUGGAAUAUAUUAUUUAUCAGCUUCGUGUGAAAACUCCCCGCAGGUCUGGCAGGCAGCCUGAUGUUGGCUGCUCGACAAGCUAUCACCAGUCCGGGCUGAUGGCAUGCGAUCAGAAAGCUGCCAGUCGAGCUGUCGCGAGGAUAAUUCCAGCUUUCCUAGGUGGGCUUAUUGUCUAUAGCUGCUACUCUAUUACAAAGACCUUAUGCAUUGAUUACUUGAUCAAGCCGGCGGCAGUGACCGGAUUACGCCCACGCAUCGGCGUUGCUAUCGGAUUAUUAGUUACAUUCUACGUCCUGCUCAUCUUCCUGGUUACAACAUACCUUCGAUUGCUUAUCACUGUUAUAUUUUUCCCCGGCUACCUUCCAAGAGGGCCACAAUGGCCGGGCUCAAGCAAGCAAAAGAAGAAUAAAGGAGGGAAGGGACGCAAACGCCCUGGUAGCAUCGAUCGGGAGAAGCCAGAAGUUAUGCCAUAUGCGACACUGGGUGAGCCUAAUGCAAAUGAGGAAAAGAAUGAAUAUUCUUUUGAUACUACUGGCUUGGAGGCAUUUUACAUGAAAGACAUCUUCGUCUGCCAGCUAGACGGCAAGCCACCAUGGUGCUCCACUUGCUGCCAAUUCAAAACCGACCGGUCACAUCAUUGCAGUGAAGUCAACAGAUGUGUGAGGAAAAUGGAUCACUUCUGCCCCUGGGUGGGUGGUGUGGUUAGUGAAACUUCAUUCAAAUUUUUCAUUCAGUUUCUGUUCUAUGCAAUGCUGUUUGUUACCUUUAAUGGGGUUGUAAUGGCUGUUUUUGUUGCUGAACGUAAAAAGAUGUUCGGCACAUUAAAUAUAUACUGGCUUGUUAUUGUGGCAGCAUCCGGUUUCUUUGGGCUCUUCUUGGCAGGGAUGCUCAUAAGCUCACUCCAGAUGGCGCUCCGCAACUCUUCCACAAUCGAAAGUCUCGAUUGGGGUAGUAAAGUUUGGAUUUUGGCUAUUUUAAUUCCUAGGCCCCUUGAUCUUGACAAUCUCCCUAUAGAAAGUCGCCCGCCAUUUCCCGUUGUCUGUUACCCUGUAUCUGCGUCUCAAACCGGAUCUCCAUAUGCCCCUCGCCGCCAAUUCGCCAUAUUACAUACACGCCCCGGCGAAAACCCAUUUGACCUUGGGGAUCCGUUUGCAAACCUGGGGGAGGUCAUGGGUCACUCCGUGCUUGAUUGGAUUCUACCCAUAAAGCAUAGCCCAUGUGCCUCCCAUAAACGGCAGGACAGCAUGUAUGCCCUCGGCCCUGUUGUCCAACGGAUGAAAAAAGAAGCAGAUUUAUUGGAAACUUCCGCUCGUAAGUCUGGCUACCACUCUUACAAGACCAAAAGAAGGCGUAGGGAUGGAAGAUCCAGAGACUCCGAUCCAUCAUCCUCACGGUCCACCCAUAGUCGGUCACGAGACGAGAAAAAUAAAACUAACCGAAGACAAACAAAGGAUCCUUCUAAGCCUCACCGUCGUUCUCGAGAUGGAGACAGAUCGGUCCGGGGAUAG